UAAGAGAGAUCUACGAAGCCCCAAGAUUUCAACAGAAGAGGCGAAGACAAUACACAGGCGAAAAUGCUCUACUCCGCCAAACCGCAAUUGCUAAUUCCUCUUUUCUUCUUGCUAUCUUCAUUUCUCUUCGGGAAUCUUACGCUUGCUUACAAUUUAGAAUCAAUAUCAAUAAAAGGGAGAACCCUGAUGAGUAUUAAGGAGACACCAAUUGGUGGAAAUGUCACCUUUGAUUGCUCUCCUUCGGGCCCUUGCAUACCAUGCCUUCGCGCUGAAAAGAAUGAUGAAAAAUAUCGUUGCGGCGAAACCGGAUAUCGCAUUCGUCUGAAAUGUGUACCCUCUGGAUCUGGGUCCAAAGACUCAAAAAGUACAAAAGGACAUAAGAAAAGAUCUACUCUUGAGUUCACAGAGUUGGGCGAUAAUCAGCACGAUGGGGACCUAAAUAUAUCUUCAACUAGGCAAAGAAGAUUACUUGGUGAUUCAUCCAAAUCUGGACCACGUUCUUAUGUCACUUAUAGGAGCUGUAUACCUGCUGUAAACGAAGAAAAAUUGUCGGUUUUAGGUUUUGAGGUAAGCUUACCCUUCUUUACGCUUUCUAUACAUAUCUGUUCUUGUACAAGCUGUAGAGAAUUCACUUAUAACAUCAUAAUAAUGAAGUUGGAACUUUUGCAAAAAAAAAAAAAGCGUAAACUUAUUUUUGUAGCAAUGAUAACUUUUGAUGGAGAAAGAACUUGAAACUUUUGGUUCUAAAAAUGAGUUUGGGGCUGCGCAUUGGCCUUGUUUUGGCCUAGAAGUUAUUCUCCUUGCAUAAAUAACCCCUGUCAACUUAGAUUGUAUAUUUUGAUUAAUCAAGUUCUUGCUUAUGUAUUGCUUUGUGCCUGUAAAUGUGACUCCGCAGGCCCUAAUGUUGGGUUUGCUCGUAAGCAGUGGCUCAUUCAUUUACUUCAGGCGAAAGCGUGCUGCUGUGCCUGGUGGUGUGCCGGUGAGGCUUCCAACUAGUUCUAGGUUUUAAGUCCAGUCUACAAUUAAACAUAUAGAUUUUUUUUUGCUUGCCAUUGAAAGACUGUUGUAAGUUGUGACCAAUGUUCAGAAAGAUUUAUUUUGCUGUAUUGCUGUUUUGCCUUGUAUCAAGAAUAUCUGUAAUUAUUAUUCUUUUCUCUAUUGAUUUUACACCUUUCAGUUAAGCAAA